GCGGCUGGCGGCGGCGGAAGGCGCGGGGCGCGGCCCGGAAGCGCCGCUGCCGCGGAGCCGUGAGGGAAGCGCCCGCCCCAGCCCGCCAUGGCCGAGACCGACCCGAAGACGGUGCAGGACCUCACCGCCGUGGUGCAGACGUUGCUUCAGCAAAUGCAGGACAAAUUUCAAACCAUGUCUGACCAAAUAAUUGGAAGAAUCGAUGACAUGAGCUGUCGCAUAGAUGACCUGGAGAAGAACAUAGCAGACCUCAUGACACAAGCGGGAGUGGAAGAAUUGGAAGGCGAGAACAAGACCCCUGCUACUAACAAGAGUUAAAGUGAGACAAUUGCUUGCUGGCUUUGAAACAAGUCCUCAGGUUGCCAAUAACUUAAGAGGAAUCCUGGAAGACUUCUUUGGUUUUUGGUUUUUUUUCUUUCCCUACAAAUCCUUGGAAUUACAGAACAGCGUUUUGCAACUACUGUGUGUAAAAGCAUUUUUAUAUUGCUACAGAGCUUGCGUUCCUAAUGUAUAUUGUAUAGUUACGGGUAGGGUAGUUUCUAUUUUGAUUCGUGUACUGUAAUUUCACUUUUUGAAUUCUUGUUAUGAGGAUCAAUUUGUUGUGUUAUUAAAACACAGAUCUUAUGGAUCA